UAGGAUUCUGUUGAUAACUAGUUUUUCAAAUGCGCAUGAAGAGAUCAAAUAUCUUGUUCCGUUUCCGGUGAUACACCGAAAUUUUUGUGUGUCAGUGUAAUUAGUGUAACGUGUAAAGUUUUUGUAAAAAGUACAGACCAAAAAUGUUUGUGGCAAGCUUGUGCAUCCUGGCAUCACUUAUCUCAACUUCAAGCCCGUAUUGCGUUGAAGAGUGGGACGAAAUCUACGUAAUUCAUUGCACGAACACAAGUCUUGAAAAUUUCAUUUACGACUUUGAUCCGUUCAACGAGAAAGACUCCCAGUAUCGAAGAAGCUACGCCAUUGUAAUCACCAAUUCACAAUUGAAACGAAUCGACUUUUUCUACCUCCCCUUUUCGAAUCCUUCAAAUCUGAUGCGACUGUCUUUAACCAACUCUUCUAUCGAGUACAUCAACGAUUCAGCUUUCGAGGAUUAUCGUUUCAGCGAUUUGGUUUUGAGCAACAACAAAUUACACAGUAUGUCGUUUGUCGAAAAAUUACCAACAAAUUUAAACAAACUGUAUUUGGACGGAAACCAUUUCAGCUCAGUUGGAAAUGUUUUCGCCAAUUUAAUUCACUUGACUCACCUAGAUUUAAGCAACUGUCGAAUACAAAACAUCGAUCCGGACAGUUUUUCCAGCUUGAAAAGUUUGAUCUUUAUCAGUGUUAGUAACAACAGACUUGUGCGAGGUUUUUUCGUAUUUAACUUCUCCCCAAUUCCGUUUUUCGACCUGAGUUUUAACAAAAUGGAACACCUUGAUUUCAAAGGCGAUAAUUUACAUUUUGGCGAAUUGGAUAUUAGCCACAACCCUUUGAAAAAUAUCGAUUUUUUGAACAAAAUUAAAUUUGGCGAUUUAAAACUAGCAAGUACUAAUGUAAGUGGCGACUUUAAUUUUCUAUUACUCAACAAUGUGUACUUUUCGUUGGAUUUAAACAACAAUAAGCUGGUUAAUUUACAUUCGGACUUGUUUAAAGUGGAGACGUAUAAAGGCCCCUUCAGGAAAAACAUUAAUUUCUUUAAUUCUUCAAUCAGCAACAUUGACAGACAUGCGUUUAAAAACUUCGGUUACUAUUAUGAUUACUCACCCGUUGAUAAUAACCCACCAAUUCUCAAUCUUAGUUCAAACGCGAUCACCGAACUCAAAAAUUACACUUUUGAGGGCAGUUUUAUUAGCACUUUGGACCUCUCAAAGUGUUUGAUUCAAAAUAUACAAAUCAAGGCUUUCUCCGGUUUAUAUUUAACCGACACUUUAAACUUAAGCCUCAACCGAAUAUCACACUUAAACGAAAACGUUUUCAAAAACUUGACUCUUGUCCAAACGAUUGAUUUGUCGUUCAAUUUCCUGAAAAAACUCAACAAUCAGUUAUUUAUCGACUGUCACAGUUUGAAAUUUAUAAACUUAUCCAAUUCCAGGAUUGAGUUAAUAAAAGAAUGGGCCUUUGCCGGAAGUGAUAAUUUACUAGAACUAAACCUUGAAAAUAAUUUUUUGGAGAAAAUCAAUUUUCGAAAUUUCAGUCGCCUCGAAAUGCUAAACCUGCACAACAAUAAACUUUCAAAUUUAGAUUUGUCGUUUCUGUGUAAUUUAUCGGCGAAAAAUGUGGUCAUGUCACAUAAUAAAAUGAGAAAAUUAUUAAACAACUCUUGUGCAACUGUAAAAUCGCCACAAGAAAUGGAUUUAUCCAAAUCGUCAAUUUGUAGCAUCGAAGCGAAAACAUUUCGUGGUUUGUUUUGGUUGGAAGUUCUCACUUUGAGGGACAACUUUAUCGAAACAAUUUUACCCGAAACUUUCACGUAUUUGAAGCGAUUAAAACAACUCGAUCUUUCCGCCAACAGAAUUGCGUUUUUAUCGGAGAAUUCGUUCGCUUUUGGAAACCGUCUCAAUAUGUUGAAUAUUACGUUCGUUAAUGCAAACUUGACUGGUCAUUUAUUUAAGUGGUUGAAUCAUGUCGUGACUUUGAACAUUUCCAAUUCGCAAGUGAGUUUGUUGAAGGGUUGCUUCAAAGGUCUCAAAUACUUGGAGAAUUUUUAUUUCCAUGAAAGUGAAGUUGUGGCAGUAAAUCCUGGUGCAUUUCAGGGUCUAGACAGUUUGAAACAAUUCAACGUACACUCAAUUUUUCGAAACACCAAAGUUUUGCAAAGUGGGACCUUUGUAGGUUUGAAAUAUUUGGAUCAUUUGAAUUUGUCGCAUCUUGAAAUAACGGUGAUUGAAACUCAAGCUUUUGAAGGCCUUACAACUCUUCUCAAAUUGUGUUUGAGUCGAAAUAAUUUGACCAAAAUUGUAAGUGGGACUUUUGUGGGUUUGGACCAUUUGAAAAUGUUAGAUUUGUCGAGGAAUAAAAUUUCGCAGUUGGAAGUGCGGGCCUUUUAUGGCUUGUAUUCACUGCGUGAAUUACACUUGAAUCGGAAUAAUUUAACGACUUUGUCUCUCGGAACUUUUCAACAAUUCCCUACGUUGGAAGUGUUGAAUUUGCGCAGGAAUAACAUAAAUAAAAUUCUGACUGGGACUUUUUCCAAUUUGAAAUUUCUAAAAACUUUGGAUUUGUCGUAUAAUAACAUCACGAAACUUAAAAUGGAAACGCUUAUUACGUUGAGCAAUUUGAAAAAGAUUGAUUUGACUGCGAAUCAUUUGAUUCAGAUGGAACAUUUGGAUUUGAUCAAGUCUUUGAGACACUUGGAGUUUGUAGGUCUUAAUGAUAACAAGUGGAAGUGCGAUAAUUUGGUGUCAAUGUUGAUCGCGUUUCAAAAUUAUAGCGUCAACUGGUUGUCUACUGAAAGUGCAACUUUUACGCAUGAAAAUAUAGACGGGAUUAAGUGUUUUGAUAUUUGUAAUUUCUUUUAUUGUGUUGACGAGGAAGACCUUACUUGGAGGAAUUGAAUUAUCUAAGGUUUAUAAUAAAUAUUUUAGUGUUA